GAUGUGUAGAGGCGAGAGGCUGUAGUUCUUAAUGACAGACGAAGGAAAUAAUAAAAUACUAGAAAUAAAAUAGUGGAAUGGAAAGGAUACGGAUUGACAAACAGGCAAGUAAUGCAGUGGAUGCCUUUCUAGAAUACAGAAGGAUUGUUGGGGAAGAUGAUGGAGGGCAGCUGUUCUCAGAGGAUGAAUUCAAGAAAUACAAAGAGAUAAUGUUGCCACGAAGAAUGAAGAACCGUCUUUAUGUCAGUUUUGGUGUCCCAGGACAGAUAGACUGCAAACUCAUUGGUCCAGAGACACCUUGCUUUUGUACACACAGAUAUAAGCAACACUGCACAGACUUUGAGGAGUUACCAAAGGAAAGGCCUAUUCUUCUGCCUUGUAGGGCCAGAGGUUGUCAGUGCGUGUCCUAUCAGUACGCACAUAUGAACGGAUCUAGGCCAGUGCGCUGCCAAUGCAAGCACACAACCACUGAGCACAGCGAGUCUCCAGGCCACCCAUGCAAGAAAUGCUCUCACUGCAGUGGCUAUCGGAGUCCAUUCACCUGCGGAUGUGGUCAGCCUGGAUAUGCCCAUGUGACGUUGGUUGAAACCAAGGAAGAGCGCAUGGCACGGGGUCAUCCAGUGGGCAGAGAUGUUCCCUAUGCCGCCAUGGGAGGUCUGACUGGGUUCAGCUCACUGGCAGACGGCUACCUGAGACUGGAUCCCAGUGGUAUAGGUCCUCUGUCAUUUAGUAUUCUGAAGUCUGAUAGGCUGGAGUCAGAUCAUGUGUUUGAGAGAGCCAAUACAUCACUCUCUCAGACUGCUGGUAAGGACAUCUAUUUAUAUGUGUUAUCCUGUUUUUUCUAGCUUUAAGAGUAACAGAAAUCAUUCUUAAAGCAAGCCUCAAAAAUGUUUUUGUCUCACAUACAUUAUGUACAAAACCAGUGGGUCGUAACCUAAUUUAGUGUCAAAUAUUGUUAAAAGAAGUAUAGGAUAGAUGACUUUUUUUUCAUCUUUGUCAAAUAUUCAGUCAAAUAUAUAUAUGUAACCCCACAGCGCAUGAAAUGGAAAGAAAAUGUAAACAAAGAGAUGGAAGAAUCAUCCAUUUAUCAGGCAAGAAAAACUGAUUCAGAUAUAUAAAUCCUAUAGAAAUGGUUAAUUUGUCAAUGCUUAAACAAAAGCCUUUAACAAGCAAACAUUGCACUUGAAACAGCUGCUCUACGAUCUGUUCACAAAAUACUUAUUUGUCAAAUUAUGUUAUGUGGAUUUAUUAUUUGAUUAUGAUUUAAAGGUCCAUUGUGUAAUUUUUAGGAGGAUCUAUUGACUGAAAUGCAACAUACAUAACUAGUCUUCAGAGGUAUAUAAAGACCUGACAUAAUGAAGCGUUGUGUUUUUAUUACCUAAGAAUGAGCUUUUUCUAUCUACAUGUUGUUUCUACAGUAUAGCCUUAAACAGACAAAUUUCUCUACAGAGCACGUUUCGUAAAUAUGUUAUCUCUUUCACUACAGAAGCGAAAAAGUGAUGACAAAAGGGAGGGGGUAAGGGGUGGAGUGAUCCGUUGAUUGCAAUUUGCAACCUCACCACUAGAUGCCGCUAAAUUUCAUACACUGAACAUUUAAGAUAUUCAAGCAAAAUGUUAUGUUAAAAAUGCUAAGACUAUAUAAGAAAAGAAAAAUUCACCUGGUUUCUUAUCUUUUAAGUUUAACAUCCAAAAUGACAUUAGCUUUUUUGUCAAGUACAAAUAUUUCAUCAUCUCUCACUUAAUAAUAUGGUCAUAAAAACUACAGAACAUCACAAUGCAGUCCCUGCUUUAAAUAUUUUUUGCUACUUUCCACUUUUAACCAAUAGAGGUCAGUAGUGAUACAUAUGCUGUUUCAUUCAGACUAGAAUUAACUGUGUGAGAUUAUGCAUUUCAUUCAAUUGGCUUUAAAUUGCUCUACACUACUUGGUAAUGUUCAGAAGUACAAUAGCAAUUAAACAGCAUAAUUAAAAGAGUCAUAGUGCUUUAUCUAUGAGACACAGAGGGCCGUGUGUUCUGUGAACUCUGCAAGCUCCGUGGCUUGUGUUCAAUCAUUUUAUGUUCGAGAAGCAGAAAGAAAAAAUAAACAAUUUCACCCUUAAUGAUUGGUAGAGUUCCACUAGAAUGGUUUGCUGUAUUUGCAGGGCAUGGCUAGUCCUCUCUUCCUCCUUGUGUGUGUGUGUGUCUCAGAAUAUAUUUGAAUGUGCUGUUCUGUAUUUGUGUUUGUAAGCGUUUUAUGACUCAUCGUAAGCUCUUCAAGAUUCCAUUAGAUUGGAUUGGAUACGACUUCCCUUUUAAAUGUUUAUACCGUGUUCUGAUAUCCUUCUUAACUCAAUUGCUCUCAAGAACAUCUGUCUGUCUCAUGGAAUGUGCAAAUGUGACCUGUGAGGCUUGUCUUUGGUGACGUAGGCUGUCGAAAAGAGACCAAAAGCAGACUGUUCUCAUUACCACACUUAUAAUAAAACUCGUGGCUCAUUGGUGGAUUUUUCAUCUCCACCGACACUCUGAAAAUACUUCACUGGUUUAUUUAGAAAUCUCUUUUGUACGGCUGCCUUUUGCCUGGUCCUCUUAUUUAUAGUAAGCCUCAUUAAGAUCGUAUUGUGUUACACACCAUGCGCAUCUUUUUGCUUCUUCAAUGAUAUCUUUAAUUUAUUCUCUCUUCUACAUCUGAAAUCCCUCUGCUCCAAAUCUUUAGUUACAUAGGAGAUGCGUUUAAAGACAUUGAGAUCAGGAGCAAGGAAAACACACCAUGAAGUGGGUUUAAGUUCAGUAUUCAUUAAGCUUCCUUUAGCUUAAUGGGGAGAGCAUUGGUGCUGACAAGGUUAUGGGUUCAAUUCUUAGGAUAAACUUACUGGUCAAAUUUACCUUGAAUGCACUAAUGCACCUGUAUUUGCUUUUGAUAAAGUGUCUGAUAAAUGCAUAGAUGUAAACAGUUUAUAUUUUAUUC